CCAAUAGCGGGAGAGACGAAGUACUUUUUAUUCUUUUCAUCUAGCACUUUAAAUCACCGGCGUUUCGAGUGAACUGUUGUAUUAUUCUUUGACGUUGUGGUGGACUUUUAUAGACCUUACCUAUAACAAUGCCUCGUGGUGGGAAAAAGGGCCACAAAGGCCGCGGGAAGCAGUUCAGCAACCCUGAAGAGAUUGAUCGGCAGAUGAGAGCCCAGCGAGAGCUGGAAGAAAAUGGUGGUGCAGAGAAAGAGGGCUCUUCAGAGUCUGAGGAGGAGAGCAGCAGCGACGACGAGUCUGAGGUUAGAAAGAGGAGUGGAGUGGAGGGGCUUAUUGAGAUUGAGAAUCCCAAUCGUGCCGCUCAGAAGAGCAAAAAGGUAGCUGAAAUAGACGUCAGCGCUCCCAGAGAGCUUUCUCGCAGGGAGAGGGAAGAGAUAGAAAAGCAGAAAUCAAAAGAGCGCUACAUGAAACUUCAUCUUGAAGGUAAGACCGAGCAGGCCAGAGCUGAUCUCGCCAGACUGGCUAUCAUCAAGAAACAGAGGGAGGAGGCUGCCAAGAAGCGAGAAGAACUCAGGAAAGAGAAAGAAGCAGAAGAAGCCAAAGCAAAGCGCUAGUCCUCCACCUGAAAGCUUCGCCAUGUACUUCACUCUCAGAGGGAUGGAGGGAGAAGCAGAAGAGAACGGGGAGGGGACCAUUAUGGGUAGUGUCAGAUCAGGACUGCUCUUAAACUCCUGUACCUCAUUUUAAAUCAGAAGUUCGUGGGGCUUCCACGGCAAGAGAAAACAGGUGGAGCAAAACAAGAUGAAGAGAAAUGCAACAUUUGGAAUGCCUCCAGUUUUCUUUAAAACUCCUUCAAUGUUCCAGAGGAGACAAUCGCAGGUUUUCCAAGUGCUUCACAGCCUCUUCAUUGUUCCACACCUACCAGGUUUUUAAUUCAAAAGCUGCUGAAGUUAUUUGCAUUCCUUUUGAUUUGUGCAUUUUUUUUAAACAAGAUUACCUAAUAGAAGUUUACUGGUCAUGUAAAAUUGAACAUGCAUGAGGAUUUCUUUGGUGCUUUACUUUUUCUCCAGUUUCAACUGUUUUGUUGCGACAGGAGAAGGAAAGAACAUUAUUAAACACAUGAACUGAUAUAGGAAAUACACUCUGGACUUUACUACUUUGUUCUAGGUUUAAAAUGGUAUGCUGCAGCUCAGUUAUCAGAAAUCAGUUGAGUUGAUAUUUUGCAUAAACGUUUUCUCAUUCUUCUCACUCCAUUAGAGUAAAAUCAAAAUUUCAGACACCGUUGUCCCAUUUUUCAGUUUGCCAUUGAUAUGAAAACACAUUUUUAAUUGGAAAUUUACAGAGUGGAAAUAAUUGGCUGUUGUCUCCACCAAGGCAAGGCACUAUAUCGUUAUUUGGUUCAUCUUGCGGCCCGUGAUUGUUGUCAUUACUUUCUUACCUUCAGUCAACUUACUGACAUUUUUUUUGGGGGGGGGGGGAGGGGGUGAUGUAUCUGUGUUUAAAAGUUUAAUCUGAAACAUACUAAGUAUUUUUGGCCUUGCGCUGUUUCUAGUGAGAGCUUCUGUAUUUCUGUAGCAGAGUUUGUCUUUUGUCGCCUUGUUAAAGUUUACAUGAGACCAGCUCACUGUUUUUUCCUUCUGUAAUUAAAGUAAUACAGUUAACAUACACGUACGUUCUUAGGUACAUUACCAGUCAGCAGUAAUGCACUUAUAUACAUAAGCACCACUAAAAACAGCUUCCAGAUGAUGGCUCUCACAGCGCAAACAAAAACCGAAUGUUAUUAACUUCACAAAGAGAGGAUUUUCUGCAGGGCAGCUGAAAUGUUUAGACUUAACAGGUGAACAUAAUAAAUUGGUAAGUUGUUAUGUGGUGCAUUGAAAAUUGUAUUGAACAGAAUUAUGGUGUUUGCUACGAUGUUCACUGAACAAACUGUUGAAACCAUGAGGUGUAAGAGAUGUUUUUCCUCAUGUAUUUGAAGUGAUUUGAAACAAUAAACUGAUCAGCUGGGUUGCUGCAUCUAAUUUAAA